AUGAGUACAGUGGUUCAGCUGACUAACGCGCUCUUCAAGGAAGCAGGUGUAGGGUCUCAAUGGAUCUUCUCAAAGCCUUUGAACUUUGGUGUCAAAUCAUCGGAGAGAUGGGCUAUUGUGGGACCUGCAAAGACCCAGUUCCUGAAGGUUUUGGCAUCUCAGUACAACGCUGAGCCGCCGUUAUCGAGGGUUUAUCCCUUUUUGAACAAGUCGGUGUGGCCGUCUAGUGCCAUUCAGUUCCUCGAGUUCAAAGGUGUACUGCCCACGGCACAUUUGGCUGCCCGUUACGAGUUCUUCAAAGACGAGUUUGACCAAACAACAAGGAAAUUCGUCAUUGGCAACGUCAAUAACCAUAGACACAUCAACUAUGAGCUUGUUGAUGAUGUGUUUAAGAAGUUCAAGCUGGAAGGAUUAGAGGACAGGUGGGCAUUGGGGUUAAGCAACGGACAAACCAGAAGGGCAAGAUUGGCUAGGGCAUUGGUUAGAGAGCCACGGUUAUUGGUGAUUGAUGAUCCAUUUCUCGGCCUGGACCCCACUGCUUCAGAGAUUGUGUGUGAUGUAUUAGGCCAAUUGCCUCCUAACCCUCAUGUUAUACUGGGUCUUAGAGUCCAGGAUCCUGUGCCUGAUUGGAUCACUCACAUUGCCAUCGUCGAUUCCGAAGGCAUCGUAGAACAAGGGACAUCACAGGAGCUGAGACCACACGUGGAGGUCCUGAAACAAGAAGCCUUGAGGCUACAAGAGCAAGAGCUGAAGAGACAGGGCGAAAGUAUUGCCAAAAUCAAGAAGCUUUUCCCAAUAGAGGAGUAUCAGAAACGGUUGAACUCAACCACGCCGUUAUUGGAAUUUGAUGGCGUAUCAGUCGCAUACAGAGGACAACCUGUGUUACAAGAUCUGAGUUGGAAAGUGAUGCCAGGUGAAAGAUGGCACAUCCAAGGAAACAAUGGUACCGGCAAAUCCACGCUGUUGUCGUUAAUCACGGGUGAACAUCCCCAAUCUUGGAAUUCCAAAAUCAUCAUGCAUGGGGUCCCAAGACGUACCGGCAAACAGAGCUUCUUUGACAUCAAUGAGUCCAUUGGAUUCACUUCACCAGAGUUGCAUGCCAUUUACCCGGGCCAUCAUACCCUCUACCAGACAAUUGCUACCGGCUUCCUAGUUGGCUCCAUAAUGCCGCAGUCCAAGUUAUCCUCCAGAGAGAAGGACAUCAUUGACACCUUUAUCUACGAGUUCGAUCUGAAGGAUAAAGUCGACAUUCCUUUCAGAGAGCUCAACAUCAGUGACCAGAAGCUGGCACUCUUUAUCAGAUCGCUGGUUAGAAACCCAGAGUUAUUGAUUCUCGACGAGGCACUCUCAGUCAUGGAUGAGCACACCGUCCAGAAAUGUAAGGAGCUAUUGAGACAUUACCCUGGAGCUAUCCUGGCGAUUGGACAUCUACAGGACGAAGUGCCAGAUACGGAUCGUUCCAUUAGGCUCAUUGCACCUGGUAAAUACGACAUCAAUUGA